AACAAGAACUUAAACAAUUUAUUUAAUGAAAGGCUUUGAGUUGCAGAUGCUGUACCACUUUAAAGAGACGGAUGCAGACCACGCCCUUCCUCGAUCGGACGGUAGAGGUCGCUGUAUUGACCCUGGCGGCAACAUCGUCACCAGCAGUUAUCUCACUGUCCUUCCAGCAGCAUCUCACCUUCAGCCGGCCUGCAGCAGCAGCAGCAACUCCUCCAUCGCCACACCCGAGACCUGAGAAAACGACACAGCCGAGAUUCUACCACCAGAGACACAGGAGGAAAACACAGCGUCGCCACAGUCGGCUUCUGUAAUGAUGUAGACGAUCGAUUUGUUUUUUUCCACGUCAAAUUCAGCCUGACCGCCUCACUGCGACACGCAAAGCUGUGCAUCCUUAAACGGCAGCCUCACUCUCAGCCUGUCCGGAUAAAUCUGCCCCAAAACAAACGUCGAAUCAUCGUCUCUGCCAGACCUGCCUCGUUUAUUUUCACCGACUCAUCAUCAGUGAGUCCUUGAGCCCGAGCUACAGCAUCCUUCUCUCCUCCAGCAGAAAGCAGCAUCCUUCCUGCCUUCCUCCUCAUCAAAUCUGCGCCAUGGCCGACGUCCCAGCGGAGUGUAAUAUAAAAGUGCUGUGUCGUUUUCGUCCUCUCAACCAGUCUGAGAUUAUACGAGGGGAUCAAUUUCUCCCUAAAUUUCAAGGGGACGACACUGUCACCGUCGGGGGGAAGUCGUUUAUGUUUGAUCGUGUGUUUCCCACAAACACAACCCAGGAGCAAGUGUACAACACCUGUGCCAAGCAGAUCGUCAAAGAUGUCCUGUCUGGCUACAAUGGCACUAUCUUCGCAUAUGGACAAACCUCCUCCGGAAAGACUCACACCAUGGAGGGCAAACUCCAUGACCCCCACCAGAUGGGAAUCAUUCCUCGCAUCGCUGAGGAUAUUUUCAACCACAUCUUUGCUAUGGAUGAAAACCUUGAAUUCCAUAUCAAGGUUUCCUACUUUGAAAUCUACAUGGACAAAAUCCGUGAUCUGCUGGAUGUGACAAAGACCAACCUGUCUGUCCAUGAAGACAAGAACAGGGUCCCAUUUGUCAAGGGCUGCACUGAACGCUUUGUCUCCAGUCCUGAUGAGGUCAUGGAUGUGAUCGACGAGGGCAAAUCUAACCGCCACGUGGCUGUGACCAACAUGAAUGAGCACAGCUCUCGCAGCCACAGCAUCUUCCUCAUCAACAUCAAGCAGGAACACGUGGAGACGGAGCAGAAGUUGUGUGGAAAACUCUACCUGGUGGAUCUGGCUGGUAGUGAGAAGGUCAGUAAGACCGGAGCGGCCGGAGCUGUUCUGGAUGAGGCUAAAAACAUCAACAAGUCUCUCUCCGCUCUGGGAAAUGUCAUCUCUGCCCUGGCUGAGGGAACGAAAUCUCAUGUCCCGUACCGUGACAGCAAAAUGACUCGAAUCCUGCAGGACUCUCUGGGCGGCAACUGUCGCACCACCAUGUUCAUCUGCUGCUCUCCCUCCAGCUACAACGACGCUGAGACCAAGUCCACUCUCAUGUUUGGACAAAGAGCCAAGACCAUCAGGAACACCGCGUCCAUCAACCUGGAGCUGACGGCCGAGCAGUGGAAGAGGAAGUUUGAGAAGGAGAAGGAGAAGAACAAGACUCUGAAGGAGACCAUCCAGAAACUGGAGGCCGAGCUCAACCGCUGGAGAAACGGAGAGAAUGUCCCGGAGACAGAGCGGACAACCGCCGACGUGGUCAACAGGAUCGAGACUGUGGAGGAGCGGCCCGUCUUGGACAAUGACACCUCCUCCAUUGUGGUCCGUAUUUCUGAGGAGGAACGUCAGAAGUAUGAGGAGGAGAUCCGCAAGCUGUACAAGCAGCUGGACGACAAGGAUGAUGAGAUCAACCUUCAGUGCCAGUUGGUGGAGAAGCUGAAGCAGCAGAUGUUGGACCAGGAUGAACUGGUGGCCUCGUCUCGUGGUGACGGAGACAAGGUUCAGGCUGAGCUGGGCAGGCUGCAGGUGGAGAGUGAUUGUGCCAAGGCUGAGGUGAAGGAGGUGCUUCAGGCUCUGGAGGAGCUGGCCAUCAACUACGACCAGAAGAGCCAGGAGGUGGAGGAGAAAGGCCUGCAGAACCAGCUGCUGGCUGAUCAGCUGGCUCAGAAAAUGGCCAGUCUGAUGGAGCUGGAGGCAGAACUGUCUCGCAUGCAGGAGGUCAGUGGUCAGCAGAGGAAACGUAUCGCUGACGUCCUCAACGGUCUGAUGAGGGACCUCAGUGAGUUCAGCGCCAUCGUGGGCAAUGGGGAGAUCAAACUGCCGGUUGAGAUCAGCGGCGCCAUCGAGGAGGAGUUCACCGUCGCUCGUCUCUACAUCAGUAAGAUUAAGUCAGAGGUGAAGAGCAUGGUGAAACGCUGCCGCCAACUGGAGAACAUGCAGCUGGAGUGUCACCGCAAGAUGGAGGAGACUGGGCGGGAGCUCUCCUCCUGCCAGCUCCUCAUCUCUCAGCAUGAGGCAAAGAUCCGCUCUCUGACCGAGUACAUGCAGAGUGUGGAGCAGAAGAAGCGGCUCCUGGAGGAGAGCCACGACUCUCUGAGCGAGGAGUUGGCCAAGCUGCAGGACCAGGAUAACUCUCUGCUGGAGGAGAAGAGUGUGGAGAAGGGAGAGGCUGAGGAUGGAAAUGUGAAGAAGUCUUCCCGUCAACUGGGAGAACCAAACCGUGGCCUCCAUCACAAGCAGCUGACCCGCCUGCGGGAUGAGAUCAAUGAGAAGCAGCGGGUCAUCGAUGAACUCACUGACCGUAACUCUAAGAUGGAGCUGGAGCUCGCUCAGGUCCGUGCCGACUUUGAGCGCUUGAAGAGUCAGGACAGCACCAAGAGCGAGCGCCUGGAGGAGCUCUCAUUCUUGCAUGAACGUCAUGAGCAGACCAAACAGGACCUGAAGGGUCUGGAGGAGACUGUCGCCCGCGAACUCCAGACCCUCCACAACCUGCGCAAGCUGUUCGUUCAAGACCUCACGUCGCGGGUUAAAAAAAGUUCCGAAAUGGAGCCUGAUGAUAGCGGGGGGUUUUGCACCCAGAAGCAGAAGAUUUCCUUUCUUGAGAAUAACCUGGACCAACUUACAAAGGUUCACAAACAGCUGGUUCGUGACAAUGCAGAUCUGCGCUGUGAGCUUCCAAAGCUGGAGAAACGUCUUCGGUCUACUGCUGAGAGAGUUAAGGCCCUGGAGACUGCACUGAGGGACGCAAAGGAAGGAGCCAUGAUUGACCGCCGCCGCUACCAGCAGGAGGUUGACCGCAUCAAGGACGCCAUGAGAGCAAAGAACGCCUUACGGCGCCCCCAUGCAGCACAGAUUGCGAAGCCAGUCAGACCGAAGCAGCUGCCCGUAAACCCCACAAACCCUUUCUACGCCUACGUCCGUGCAACCGCCAACACCUACAGCAACGCCCUCUUCCAGAGCAGCGCGUCACAGCCGAAUACAAGCAGCGCCACCUGCAAGUCCAACUCUGUCCAGAGCAACCCAGUUUCCACAGCCCUGGGCUACAGAGCAGGCAGAUAUACUGGAGACAUCCUGGAGUCCUUCCCACUCAACAUUGACAACGGUAACAACAUCAGUGAAACGAGAGACAUCAACGACAACAGGAGUGAUAUUCACUGUGGCAGUGAGGUGGACGAUACAAACGCAACUACACCCGCCCCCACUUAA